AUGUCUGGCAGGGGUGGCGGCAAGAAGGACAAGGGCCUUGCUGGCAUGGGGCCGCCACCACCCAAGAGGGCCAGGGGCGAAGCGGCUGCUUCAAAAGCAGGUGCUAAUCCUACUAUUCGGGUGUGCUUGGUGUGCCGGAAGAGCGACCAGGACGUCGACUGGCCCAAGACGCCUGGCGCGCCACCUGACGCAUGCUUGGUCUGCUUCACCGUGUAUGGCCCUGCACAGCUCUUCGUCAAGUGGAAUGACUGGGCGGCGUCGUACCAUGCAGGAGGCGCGCACAAGGACAGCGUCGACGACGCCAGGAGGCUCCACCCGAACAUGCAGGCAGCAUCGCAAGCCUUGGCGCCAGUCGAGGUUUCGGACGGCACGGGCACUAUCGUCGAGAUCUUCCGCGAGGGCAUGUGGAUGCCAGCGGCUAACAUCAGCAGGGAGACGCAGAAGAGCACCCCGAGGCAGCUCAAGAUCGGCGACCCCCUCAAGCUCACAUUCUUGGAUGGCCAAGAGUUGAAGGGCUACAUCUUCAACGACAAGCCAGGCGCCGCAGGGGACAUCAGGAUAAGGGUUGGCGUGCAGGCGAGAGUCGAUUCGAGGAAAGUCACCUUGCCCCUGGCUGGCCAGGUCGUCCAAGGCCUCGGGGGCCUCGCAGUCAAGCACGCGAGGGACCACGACGCGACGGGUGCGCACGCCAAGGGUUUCCUUUCUUUCUUGGAGACUGGCGCGACUCCGUGGGCCGACAUUCUUGCGAGGGGCGAGAGGGCCCACAAAGGCCGCCUUGCCCGCCGCUCGGGCAGGAUCCCUGGUGGCCCUGGUGAUGAGGACGAAGACUACGAGUACGUCGCGUCCGACGACGGGGCAGAGGUCGACCCCUUCGCAUCCCCAGCGCCGUCCCGCGUUGCAUCGGGGAGUGGUGGCUCCCCGAUGGACACCGGAGGAUCUGGCUCCGCUGCGGCUGCGGCUGGGGCCGCUGUGGCGGGCACGGGUUCUGCGCCGCCUUCGCGCCCGCCCUCGAGCCCAGCUCCUUCGAGCCCGAGGGUGCCUGUGACGAAGCCACCUCAGCGCACCGUGAAGAUCCACAUCGCCGUCGAUGGCUUGAAGAAGGCCGUGUUCGAGGUGGCCAUGGACUGGAGCACCAGGGCUGAUGAUGAUGACGGCGUCUCCGACAACGAUGACGACGGAGCUUCGUCGGUCAGGUCGAGCGGGUCUGGCAGCGCGGCGGUGUCUGCAGCAAGGGCGAACCGCACCUCCAGGGGUGGCAAGAACCCGACUUAUUGGAUCGAGAAGUUGAAGGUCUUGCACGCGCUUUUGGGCACUACUGACAAGCGCGACGUGCACCACGCUAGUGAGUGCGCCGCUAAGUUCAAGCUGAAGUUCCCGAACGAUGACACAGCUCCGAAGCUCCAGAAGCACCUGAUUCGCAUCGGCGUCCUCCUGAAGAUCUCUCCAGCAGAAGUCCCCUCUACGGCAUGGCCAGACAUUAGGAAGGCGUACCUGGAGAUGUGCGUGAUCGAGCAUCCCCCCCUUGGUGUGGGGCUGCUUGCGCUCGUGGGCAAGAGAGCUACUGAGCUGGCUACCGCGUCUACCUCGGGCAUGAGCAUUAGGGAGACGGACAUCAAGGACCUUGCGGCAUGCGUCACGCCGUGGCGUACAGAAGGUGCAGCAACAGCUGAUGAGCCAGCAAUGUUUGAUGCCCUGCGCCCUCAGAUCCACCCGAUUGCUCCGAUCCUGACUGGCGCCGUGCAGGCCCACACGAUGGCGAAGUUCCUCGUUCAGAAGUUCGUGUGCCUGAUCAUUUCGUCAACCAACAACGAGAACAUAUCAUCCCACAUGUCGGCGGUCCGCACUCUCACGACUCUUUUGGAUUUGCCCGACGACGUCGACGUCCAUCACGAAGUCAUGUCCUUAUGCGACAGCCUCUACUUGAGCUUUCGCGCUUUCGAGGCCGUGCUCUGCGUCGGCAUCACGACUGAUACCAGGUUCGAUUACCUUUGCGACGUGGAGGCCUUGUACAAGGCAUCUGAGAAGACAACUGGAAAAUCUGUAUUGCAGGACAUCGGUUGUGCAGUCAACCGCAAUGAGUUCUUGGGUAGUAGACUUUCUCGUAUGAUUCAGAAUAUCGAUAUCAUCAGGGACAAAUGCCCAGCAGUGCAGAGGCUCGUCGUGCGGCUCACUGCCCUGGACGAUACCGCCGAGAUCGAGGAGUUGACAAGCACGAUGACUGAAGCGUUGAACUACUUUAAGCAGUACGCGAUGCUCUUCCCGCAAGAGUCGUGUGAGAAACUGGAGGAACUCAUCCAUUCUACUGGAACAACGUUGUUCGACAAGCUGAAGCAGGCACCGACCACUGAUGAAGAUAAAUCGGCUAAACUCUUGACUGACGCACAGCGCCUUUUCCAGAGUUGCUGGACGGCGUUCCCAACCUUCGAGCAGUACGACAUGUUCAUCCAGGGUUGUGCCGAGAUCUUGAGCAGCAGUGUCAACAAGAAUUUCACAGCGACAGUUUGCAAUCUUCUCGAAGAACUCCUCAGUGCUUCCGAAUCCGCACGCGACGCUGAUCCUCUCGAGAAGCUUGUGCAGGUCUUGGAUGAGCGCAGCGGCCUGCUCUCCGCGGACGAGUUCGAGAAAGGCGAGGCCGCCCUUUUGAAGAUCGCCAAGAGUAUAUUUCGCACGAUGGCCAAUCUCCUUGACGAUCCGGACGGGGGGCCACAGUGCCUUUUCACAGACAUACUUGCUGUGUGCCGCGCGCUGUACCAGGUUUUGAGUGGGUGCAUGCACGCCUGCAGAGAGGAGAACAAGAAAUGCGUCCGCACCCUGCACACCACUACGAAGUACAUCGUGGACGUGCUGGAGAGGGUACGGCCUGCGGAAGCAGAUAAGAAGGAAGUCGAUGUUCAGCACAUCAUCGCCAUGGAGAUGGGGCUGGUCGCCAUCAUCUCCGAGCUCGUCACCAAAAACGCCCCACUCAUCGAGAACCUCUUCCGCGUGUCUCAGGCCAGGGCCGAGGGCAGCGACAACAUUUGGUCUAGAGACCUCCCCGAUACAAACAAAGAUUGGGACGCCUUCUGCGAAUCGUGCCAGGGCUCGCUGCUGAAGCUAGACGCGGACGGGCUGUCUAAGCUCAUCUCUAACUGCGAGGUCGAGAAGGAGAAGUACGCCGAGAUCAAGAACAUCUUCGGUGGCGACGACGCGGAGUGGCUGGAUAUGAAUGGGGCUCUCGUCCAGGCUCGCGUUGCCGACGCCGCCCACAGGCUCAUGAGGAUUUACUUGGACAAAUCGAUGGAUAAGCCGUCGAUGCGCAGUGCGACGUUGGCCGAGGUUCAGAGCCACGCGAAGAACGGCAUCACGAAGGACGUGCUCCCAGCCUUGCUCGUGCGGCGCAUGCAGGCUGCCAUGAAGCUGCAGACGUUCCCUUGA